AUGAUGGAAGAUCAAACGGAAACAAAAUCAGACAAUCUAGUAGGCAAUCACGGCCGCAGUGCAAUCGUUCAGCUGUUCGAAUGGACUUUCGUGGAUAUUCAAGCCGAGUGUGUAUUGCAUCUGGGACCAACUGGGUUUGGAGCUGUGCAGGUAUCACCGGUGAACGAAGUUCGCAUAUUACCAAACCGAUCGUGGCGUGAACGGUACGAACCAAUCUCGUACAAGAUAUUAGGUCGUUCUGGAGCAGAAAUGCAACUCCGUUCAAUGGUCAAGACCUGCAACGCAGCUGGAGUACGAAUCUAUGUGGAAGUGGUACUGAACAGUAUGGCCGGUGGUACUGGAUCUGUUCAAGGUACUGGGGGUUCGGUAGCCUAUCCCUCCUACCGAGAUUAUCCAGACGCUUCAUAUGGGAUAGGAGAUUUCAAUCACCCUUGCACGGUUCUAAACCAAAGCGAUCCGCAUCAGGUGCGAAAUUGCCAGAUUGAUGAAUUGCCUGAUUUGAAUCAAGGACUGACGAGUGUUCGGCGCAGAAUUGUUGAUUUUUUGAACAAACUGAUUUCGAUGGGAGUAGCAGGAUUUUAUAUUCAUGCUGCGAGAAACAUGUGGCCGCAUGAUUUGAAGGCUAUAUAUUCGCAGUUGGAAAAUUUGAGUACGACAGCGGGAUUUUCCUCUCGAAGCCGUCCUUUCAUCUACCAGGAUGUGAUGGAUUUGAGAAGUGAAGAAACAUUUAGAAAAGAAUACGUCUUGUUGGGUAUGACAACUGAGUAUCGUUUUGCUUACGACAUCGGUGCGAUUAUAUUCAAACAGAAGCCCUUUCACUGGAUGGUUAAUCUGGGAACGAAGAUAGGUUACAUACCGAGGGAGCAUUCCGUUAUUUUUCUGGAUGAUCCUGUCUUGCAGAGAAUUCCGAAUGUGGACGAUUUGCCUAAAAUUGUAACUUUCAAACAUCGCAGGUUGUAUAGCAUUGCGCUUGUUUUCAUGCUUGGACAUCGUUAUGGAACUCCGAGAAUCAUGAGUUCUUACAAUUUCAACAACAGAAACGAGGGACUCCCAAGCGAUACUAGAGGCAAAAUUUCGCCCGUUACUCUGGAUGCGGAAGGCCAGUGCACAGGUGGUUGGAUAUGUGAGCAUCGCUGGAAAAUAGUAGCUAGCAUGAUGAGAUUCAGGACUGAGGUUUCUUGGCAAUCCGUGAUCAGUUGGGUGGAUAACGGACAAAACCAGCUGGCGUUUUGCCGCGGUAAAGCUGGUUUUAUCGCAAUCAAUGCUGAAAUAUCGUUAAGCAUGAAGGCAAACGUUUUCACCUGCAUGAAGGCUGGAAUUUACUGUGAUAUUAUUAGCGGAAAAGUCGACGGAACUAAAUGUAGUGGAAUAGCCGUAACAGUGAACGAUGACGGAAGAGCAGAUAUAUUUAUCUCUAGUAGGGCUAAUGAACCCUUUGUUGUCUUGCUAGCGAGUGAAAAGUUGCCCUAAAUACACGUUCUGUUCAUAACUGUCACAUUUAUCUAAUAUAUUAGCGAGUCAAUGAUAGGAAAUCAUUGAAUU